GAGAGAGACUAACAAAAACAAAACCGCGUCCUCAUCAUCCUCUUUCUUCCUCCCCCUCUUCUGCUAAUCUAGGGUUUGUAAUCCCCCCUCGGUCGAUCGAUCGAUCGAUCGGUCUUCAUUCGGCAGCGAUGGCGCGCGUGCCAACGCAAGCGAUCGACCCGCGCUGCUCGACGACAUCAUCAGCAGGCUCCUCGAGGUUCGAUCGGCGAGGCCCGGGAAGCAAGUCCAGAUGUCGGAGGCCGAGAUCCGCCAGCUCUGCGUCGCUUCGAAGGAGAUCUUCCUCCAGCAGCCCAAUCUCCUCGAGCUCGAGGCUCCGAUCAAGAUCUGCGGUGAUAUUCAUGGUCAAUACAGUGACCUUUUAAGGCUUUUCGAAUAUGGAGGUUUCCCUCCUGAUGCCAACUAUUUAUUCUUGGGCGAUUAUGUGGAUCGAGGAAAACAAAGCUUGGAAACAAUAUGCCUUCUUCUUGCUUAUAAGAUCAAAUACCCCGAGAACUUUUUUCUUCUGAGAGGAAACCAUGAGUGCGCUUCUAUAAACAGGAUAUAUGGAUUUUAUGAUGAAUGUAAGCGUCGGUUUAACGUGAGACUAUGGAAGGUGUUCACUGAUUGCUUUAACUGUCUACCUGUAGCUGCUCUUAUAGAUGACAAAAUAUUAUGCAUGCAUGGCGGCCUUUCCCCAGAUUUGUCAAACCUGGACCAGAUUAAAAGCUUACCACGUCCUACCGAUGUCCCUGAUACUGGUUUAUUGUGUGACCUGCUUUGGUCCGAUCCUGGUAGGGAAAUUCAAGGAUGGGGAAUUAAUGAUAGAGGGGUUUCGUACACUUUUGGUCAUGAUAAAGUUGCUGAGUUCUUGACAAAGCAUGAUCUAGAUCUUGUCUGUCGUGCACAUCAGGUUGUGGAGGAUGGUUAUGAGUUCUUUGCAGAUAGACAACUAGUCACUGUAUUCUCAGCACCUAAUUACUGUGGUGAAUUUGAUAAUGCUGGUGCUAUGAUGAGUGUUGAUGAAACCUUGAUGUGCUCCUUUCAAAUUCUAAAGCCUGCAGAAAAGAAGCCAAAAUUUAUGAUGUCGACGAAAAUAUGAUUAUGAUAAACUGUUGUCUUCUUACUCUUCCCAAGUCCCUAGGUUCAUGGAGGUGUUAGUUCGAAGAUUAUUGUGGAGUUACAGAGCUUUUGUCCAACCUGACUGAAAAAGAAUUUUGUGCCAUUGUUGUCGGCACAGUCUAAAUUAUCUACCUUAUGUACUCAAUCACUGAUCAAUAUAUUUUUGGGAGCCGAAAUCUUUUGAUGGGAGAUGCCAGAUUAAUUUUCUCAUGGUGUGUGUGUGUGUGUGUGUGAAACUAUGAUGAAGUUGUACAUACAUUGAUUCUGUCAAGGUUGAUAACUUAUAAAUUCCUCGUA